AUUACAUCCCAAACUAAGCAAUCUAUUAUGUUUGGCCCAUUACAUGAUAAGCAUUUCGGAUAGCAAGAUAAAAUACCAACAUGUACAUUUCUAAUUUAGGCCUAAUUUAAAGGGUUAACAAUUGAAAAAAUAGGGUAAGUGAGAUUGCUAGAUGUGUAAGGUAAGAUAAGAUAAAAAGUUUUAAUUUCAAAUUAAAUCGAACUGCACAAUCCUUAAGAAAAAUAUAAUGGGUCUUAUGUGGUAUAUCUUAUUUGAUAAUAAUAACUAUCAUAAUUGAUAUCGAUUGCGUCAUUCAUCCAUU